GACCACAAUUCACACCUUCAGUCAGUGAAGCCGCUCACACAGCCGUUCAUGAGAGUUUAAAUGUUGGGAUAUAUUCCCAUCUUCCCACAGGAGAAGAAGAAGCAAGCAGGAGGAAUUACUCCAGGAGAAACUACUGACAUACUAUUGUAAAGAUGGAGAUUGAGGAAGAACCCUGCAGAAUGAGAGAUGAAGAUACAGAGGAACGAAUAGGUUGGUAUGGAAACACAGUCAUUACACAGACUAAAAAGAAAUUCACACACAAAAAAGGUGGAAAAUCUGGAGUCAAAGGAUCUUUCACCUGCUCUGAGUGUGGAAAGAGUUACACACAUAAACCAGACCUUAACAGACACAUGAGAUUUCACACUGGAGAGAAUCUGUUAACAUGCACUCAGUGUGGAAAGGAUUUCACAGAGAAAGGAAAGUUGGAUGUACACAUGAGAGUUCACACUGGAGAAAGACCGUUCACAUGCACUCAGUGUGGAAAGAGUUUCUCAUCCAAAAGGUUUCUCAAAGAUCAUCUGCGCUGUCACUCUGGAGUGAGAUCAUUCAGCUGUGAUCAGUGUGAUAAAACAUUUGUUUUGGCAUCAUACUUAAGAAGGCACCUUAAAGUUCAUACUGGUGUGAAGCCUCACGCUUGUUCUUUUUGCGAAAAGUGUUUUAUAGAUCUACAAAAGUUAAAAGACCACGAGCGUGUUCAUACUGGUGUGAGACCUUAUGUUUGCUCUGACUGUGAAAAGAGCUUCACUACAUCCAGUGCCUUAAAAGUGCACCAGAGAGUUCAUACUGGAGAGAAGCCGUACAAGUGCUCUUCAUGUGGAAAGAGUUUCUCUUCCUCUUCAUACUUGAAAUCUCAUGAGAGAGUUCAUACUGGAGAAAAGCCACACCAGUGCUCUUCAUGUGGGAAGAGUUUCACCCACUUACCUAAUCUACAGUUUCAUAUGAAGAAGCGCUGCCCAAAAUUGUCCAAAUGA